CUGCACAACUAAAGCGCGUCGGGUUCCCAUCCGACUCAGUUCCGGGCCUCGCCUUACAUAUACGCUACCAUAAUCCACGAAACGGCAGCCGAGCAAUCGAGCACAAGGAUGCGCUGACGAACCCGGCCGAUCGACCCCCCGACCAGCGGCGCCCCCGACGCGCGCGCCUCCGUACGUGGCAGAGAUGACGAUGUCCGGGCGGUACGUGGCGGCCACGGGCGCCCUCAUGGCGUGCGGCCACUGCGGCGGCCUCCGACGCGUCAGGAUGGAGGGCGAGUUCGUCUCCUGCGACUCGUGCGGCAAGGUCCUGCAGCAGCGGGGCCGGAAGCAGCGCGCCGUGGAGGUGGAGGCUCGGCGGCGGCGGCGCUGGUUGGGGGGCAGGAAGAGACGGGACGGCCGCGCGGCGGCCGGUGGCGGAGGCAUGGUCGUCGGACGGGAGGCAUCUGAUGCCGAGUCCGACACUGGUUGUGUUUGUUUCGUGGAAUCGUCGUCGUAGUGAUUGCGUCCUCCUCAACUGAUGUUUUAGAGCAGUUUGUGGAUUCUGGGCUAGUUGUCUUUGUUAUCUAUG